AUGGCUCCGCCCCUGGCGCCCGGCCGGGACCGAGCGGGCCGAGAGAGCGAGGACGCCUGGGAGGCUCGGGGGGACCGCAAGGCCCGGAAGCCCCUGGUGGAGAAGAAGCGGCGCGCGCGGAUCAACGAGAGCCUUCAGGAGCUGCGGCUGCUGCUGGCGGGCGCCGAGGUGCAGGCCAAGCUGGAGAACGCAGAGGUGCUGGAGCUGACGGUGCGGCGCGUGCAGGGCACGCUGCGCGGCCGGGCGCGCGAGCGCAAGCAGCUGCAGGCGGAAGCGAGCGAGCGCUUCGCGGCCGGCUACAUCCAGUGCAUGCACGAGGUGCACACGUUUGUGUCCACGUGCCAGGCCAUCGACGCCACCGUCGCCGCGGAACUCCUCAACCACCUGCUCGAGUCCAUGCCUCUGCGCGAGGGGAGCAGCUUCCGGGAUCUGCUGGGGGACGCCCUGGCCGGGUCUCCGGGAGCCCCUGGGCGAAGCGGCUGGCCCACGGGAGGGGUCCAGGGGUCCCCUCUGCCCAGUCCCCCGGGCCCCGGGGACGACCUGUGCUCCGACCUGGAGGAGGCCCCCGAGGCUGAACUGACCCGAGCGCCUGCUGAAGGGCCAGACUUGGUGCCAGCAGCCCUGGGCGGCCUGACCGCUGCUCGCAUAGCCCAGAGCGUCUGGAGGCCUUGGUGACUAACGCCAGCCCAGCCGGAGGUUUGCAAGGGUGGGUGUGGCCUUCCCUUGCUCUGUUCCCUCCUCCCUGGGGACAGACGUGGUGCCGGCAGGGGCCUGAAUGUCUCCCAGAUCUGCCUGACGUCUUCCUCCAGUGACUGUGUGGCAGGGCAGUCCAGGAAGCCCAGCCCAUUCGGGCCCCUGGCCCUAUUUCUUAAGCGCGUAUCUUUUGUGGGACCCCCACCCCCAGGCCUGGGUCGGGUGGCCGGCGGGAGCUGCGGGCGGGAGGAAGACUCCUAACAGAGCCAUCAGGGUUCUCCAGGACUGCAGGCCGCCCAGCCUUCCCAGGUACAGUGUGCAUCCGGGGGCAGGGGUGCUGAAACCCUUCUGGGUGCUGGGCACUAGUGCUGGGGACAGAGGGAGACCUCGGACCCUGGUGGCCCUGGCCUGAGCAGAAGCUUGAACUCGCCACUCCCUCCAGGACACAGGGGAGGCAGGUGCACUGGGCAGCACUGCCUGUCACCUGCCAGACAGAAGCCGAGCCUCCCUGAAAGUCUUGCAUUUAGCACACUGGGGGGGUGUGUA